AUGGGUGUGGCCAACAUUAAGGGUCUCUUCAAGCCCAAGGCUGAGCAGCAAGAGCAUUCUCAGGCUACCACGCCUUCGAGAUCUGACUCGACUGCGGAGAAGGACAAUGGCAUUAUCGAUGAUAGCCCCGUGAAGUACCUGACAUGGCGGUCAUUUAUCUUGGGUGUCGUGGUGUCCAUGGGUGGUUUCAUCUUUGGUUACUCGACUGGUCAAAUUGCCGGUUUCACCACUAUGAAUGACUUCAAGAUGCGUUUUGCGGAGCGUCAAUCAAACGGCGAGUACGUCUUCAGCAAUGUCCGUAACGGUCUGAUUGUCGGUCUGCUUUGCAUCGGUACUAUGGUCGGAGCCCUCGUCGCCGCCCCCAUUGCGGAUCGCAUUGGCCGCAAACUCUCCAUGUCCUUCUGGUCCGUGAUCCACAUGGUAGGGAUUAUUGUGCAGAUUGCCACGGACAGCAACUGGGUUCAGAUUGCCAUGGGCCGUUGGGUUGCUGGUCUGGGCAUUGGCGCGCUCUCCAGCGUCGUCCCCAUGUACCAGUCCGAGGCCGCCCCUCGCCAGGUUCGCGGUGCUAUGAUCAGUGCAUUCCAGCUCUUCGUCGCCUUCGGUAUCUUCAUCUCCUACAUCAUCAACUUCGGCACCGAGACCAUCGCAUCCACUGCCUCGUGGAGAAUCACCAUGGGAAUUGGGUUUGCCUGGCCCUUGAUUCUUGGUCUUGGAGCCCUUUUCCUUCCCGAGUCUCCCCGCUUUGCUUAUCGCCACGGCCGCGUCGAUGAGGCACGCAAGGUCAUGUCCAAGCUGUACGGUGUCAGCGAGAACCACCGUGCUGUUGUCCAGGAAAUGAGAGACAUGAAGGAGAAGCUCGACGAGGAGCGCGCCGCUGGCGUUGCUCCCUGGCACGAGGUUUUCACCGGGCCCCGGAUGAUGUACCGUACCUUUCUCGGUAUCGCCCUGCAGUCACUCCAGCAACUUACUGGAGCCAACUUUAUCUUCUAUUAUGGAAACAGCAUCUUUACUUCUACUGGAUUGAGCAACAGUUAUGUCACCCAGAUCAUUCUGGGCGCUGUCAACUUCGGAAUGACCCUUCCCGGUCUAUAUAUCGUUGAACACUUCGGACGCCGCAACAGUCUCAUGAUUGGAGGCGCCUGGUGCUCGAUUUGCUUCUGGAUCUGGGCUUCUGUUGGUCAUUAUGCUCUAGACUUGGAGAACCCUCAAAAUACGCCUAAGGCCGGAACCGCUAUGAUCGUUUUCACCUGCUUUUUCAUCUGCGGUUUCGCCACCACAUGGGGACCUAUAGUGUGGUCGAUCUGUAGUGAGAUGUAUCCUCAGCGCUCUCGUGCGAUGAACAUUGGUAUCGCUACCGCUGCUAAUUGGACUUGGAACUUUUUGAUCUCGUUCUUUACCCCAUUCAUCUCUGGUGCUAUCGACUUCGCUUACGGCUAUGUGUUUGCUGCCUGCUGCUUGGCAGGUGUGCUCAUCGUGUUCUUCUUUGUCAACGAGAGUCAAGGCCGCACGCUCGAGGAAGUUGAUACCAUGUAUGUCCUUCACGUGGUGCCCUGGAAGAGUGCUUCCUGGGUCCCUGAUGGGGACCUUGUGAGAGACCUACACCCUCCUACUCAGGAGAACCCCAAGCAGGAAGCCCAGGGCCAGGCCGAGCAUGGUGAGGGAGAGAAGCCUGCUGAGCCGACUGAGAUUCGGGAGUAA